AUGCACUUGCUACUUCGAUACGGUGCCAGUUCAGAUGUCUUUUUCUCGUCCAAGCCGCUGGACCCCCUGUUCGGCGAUGGUCAGGAUCCAUCAGACAUUCCUGAGAGGUCAGACGUAUACACAGAGCACAACGAGGACGCAGUUCUGCGUGGCAGGGAGAAAUUGAAGUUUGGCAUCCCGGUCCUGGUCGGAUCGGUUGGUUUAGAAGUAUAA